AAGAAUUGGUCGUGACACAGCGACACAAAGCAGUGGUGGACGAUGACAUAGACGAACGGUACACGACCAACGACAGCAGUGACGACGAGGAGUUCUGUGUGGACGUGCCGCAGUAUGUCAGCGAAACACCUAUCUGUGUGUUUAUAACACACACCAAAUAA